UUUUCGUACUUAUUUGUUUUUUUUUUUUACUCUCCCUCUCUUUCGUCUUCAUCAACCUCCUUCAAACCCUAGUUCUUGUUUCGCUACUCCCUCUUCCACCAUCGAAGACCUCUAACACUCUUCCGACGAAGGGACCUCACUUCACCUUCAAUCGACGGUGCUGUUUCCGACAAUCAUUCUGGUGAGACACGAACGAACCCAGCAAAUGGGCGUGCGACGUUAGGCAAGGUCAAAGGGAAAGGCACAUAUUGGAUUCGCGGAGGUGGGGUGAUCGGGGUGGGUUUACAGAGGUUGAAUAUUUGAAGAAUUGAUUUUUUUUGUUUUUCUUUUUUCCUGCUUAAGUGGAUCCCUUUUUCUGUGAAGAACAUGUUGAAGCAGGCUCUAGGAAAUGCCUGGAACAAAGGGGUUUAUGGGCAUAUAGGAGAGAAACUUAGGAGCUGCUUUUACGUGCCUGCAAUUGGUAUCCACAACGGACAGGUUCAUUCUGCACCAAGAAGCUUUUUUGGGGUAGAAGAUUUCCUUGAUGACAACAACAGCCGACCGUACACUUACAAGAAGGAGAAGAAGUCAAAAAAUCCACAGAAACAUGUAUCAUUCAAACAACGUACAGAGGCGUACAUGGAACCAUUUACACUCGAUGUGCUAAUCUCGAAGCGAUUUGUGACAGCUUCCCUUACUCACAGGGUGACAAGUAGGCAGGUUGCAGUUGCUGGCACGAACUCUAAGGACAUAAAAGCGGUUCUCAGGUCCAGAUCAGACAUACCUGCAUGUUUGGCCGUUGGGAGUAUUUUGGCUGAGAGGGCAAGAGAAGCUGAUGUCUAUACUGCGUCUUACACUCCAAGAGACAGGGACAAGUUUGAAGGGAAGAUCAGGGCUGUUGUUCAAUCUCUUAUCGAUAAUGGAAUUGAUGUUAAGAUUUAUCUUGAUUGACUUGGUUGGUUUUCUUUUAUUACUAAAUGACUCUUUUGAAUCUAGUUGUGUUUUACAAAGGUGUCAUUCAUUCAUAGCCAUAGAUGUGAAAAAGAGUUGAUCCGUGGGCUUCAUUUAAGGGCAUACAAAUGAUUAGGUGCUUCUUUCAAAAUAAAUUGUCAUAUAGUGAAAUCACUAUAAAACAUUAGUUAAAAAUUAUGUAAUAUACUGUUAUACCGAAUUUAAAAUAAUAAAGCUGGAAUGAGUUACUGAUAGAAAA